AUGGAGAAAUUAAAACUCCUUUCCAAAAGGUUGAAAUCCCGCCUCAAGUCCCUCAAAACCAAACGUCCCCCAACCCCAGAAACCAUACCCGAAAACCUCAUUCUCCAACGCCUCAACAGCGACAUCUUCCUCUACCUCAAACAAUUCCUCACCCCCACAUCCGUCACCUGUCUCGCCCUGACCUGCAAAUCCCUAAUAACCAUCCUCGGCUGCAACCACUGGCGGAGUCUCGAACUAAACUUCAGCACACGAGACUACAAAAAAGAACUCUUCUCCUUACUCCUCCUCCUAGAAUCCGACGAUCCCGAUCUGAUAACCUGCCGCGACUGUCUAAUCCUCCACAAAGGCGAUCGAAACCACUACCUCCCAAUCAACAAAGUGCCCAGGCGAAAACAAGGGUGUUUCUUCCGCGAGUUCAUCAAUGGCGCGUACUUGUACAUCCAUCCGUACUUUUACUACGGCGUCUUUCAGAUGGCGAUGAAGAAAUAUCGGAUGGGAGGGGAUUACCAACCGUUUUUGGAUCUGUUGCAGUUUAAGGGGCAGCCGAGAUUGACCGACACCUUUCCUUCCAAGACUUCUGCUAUUGCUAGGAUUAUCAAUGGGUGUAUGAUCGUGCGGGUCCAAAAAGAUAUUUUCAUUCCGACACACAUGGAACUCCAGCACAUCCUUAAAUUCCAUCUCCCCAUCUGUCUACACAAAAGUCUUUCCGGCCGAGACGAGGAUUUAGAUCUUCCCAACGGGCAGCUUCAUAGAGCUCAAAUCCAUAAGUCGAAGCUGAACAGCACACUCAGUAAGAUGAAGCGUUGCUAUAGUUGCGGAAUCGAAUACGAGAUUAUGAUCCAGCUAUUUGAGGGAAUUGGUUGGGUGAUUCGAGUGGUCAAGUGGAUGGACGUUGGUGAGGGACGGUGGCCGGGCGAUCAAGGGUGGUGGAAAUAUCUGGGGCCCCGGUACUGUCUUCAUGGGCCUUUUCCGCCUACUUUGCGGCAGAUUGCAAGUGACGACCUCGCGUACCAUGGGCCCCUAAUACAAUCCAAGAAAGGAAGUAUUGCUAGGAGGUUCCAGGGAGCUGGAGUUGCGAAGCAUGUGAUAGUGACGAGAGAGGAGAUGGAGGAGUUGCGUGAAUUGGUUGGGUAG